UUCAUUCAGAGUUUUAAUCUUCAACGUUAAGUUUUAAAUAAGCUAUUUUAUGAGCGUUGCAGAUAAUUUGCACCAAACUGUGGCAAAAAAAAACCGUGUACAGUAUAUAUUGUAGUAAUCUUCAUUGGUAGUGCAGUAUAUUCGGUGAUUAUAUUUUUUAGUAAAGUAGUUCACUUUACGUAAACAUUGAUUAACGUGCACUGGAUUAGCUUUCCUUGCUUUAUCUUUUACUUGAAUGCGGCAGUGUACGACGUGAACACGUGCCCGAAAGCGGAGCCACGGAUUUUCCUGAAUUCCCCGCAGGCGAGGGUCGCUGUCUCCCGGCACGGGGAAGCGGGGGGUGGGGGGUGGACGGAGAACCAUGAUCUGCGUUAUUUUGGUAGCAGGACACGGCACGCUGUUGGAAAAUGAAAUUAAGAGAGACACGAGUGGGCUCUUUGCCCACUUGGAAGGGGUGCCAAAAGCCCUCUUGCCUGGUGUGGGCGGAAAGAAAAUACUGGACUUCUGGUGGGAAGCACUACGCACGAGGCAGUUGUUCAGUGAGGUGUACAUGGUGACAAAUGCUGACAAAUUUAAACAUUUUGAGCGCUGGGCAACAGCCAAUGAGUUUCCUGUUAAGAACAUUGUGAAUGAUGGGAGCAGCGCAGAGGGCACGCGGCUCGGGGCCGUGGCAGACUUCCACUUGGCCGUGCGCACCAAGGCCAUCGACGACCAUGUCUUGGUGGUGGCAGGAGACAUGCUGUGCGGUGACCAAAACUUUGACAUCGUCCAGGUCCUCAAAUUUUUCCGGCUGAAGGAUGGAGAGCUGGCUAUUUACUAUGAAAUGGAAGAAAGUGAAAUCACCUCUUCCCGAGGAAUUUUAGAGGUUUGCCCCAUGACGCACAGAAUCCAACGUUUUUUUGAGAAGCCCAAUCCCGGGGUAACGGGAUCCCGUCUGGCGAGCGUGGUGUUCUACUGCUUUCGCAAAACGACGCUCGCCACCUUCCCGGAAUUCCUUUCCCAGCAGCCACACCCUUCUGAGUGUGGCUUUGGAAAGUACAUGGAAUGGCUGGUUAAUGAAUCAGAUAUUCCUGUUUACGGCAUGAAACUGCCUGGAGGAUUCCACCUAAUUGGUCAAGUGGGCCUGUCUGACUACCAGAAGUGGCUCAGCUACUACUCGGAGAGACACUGUGACGUGAAGCAUCGCCCCAUAACGUGCCGCGCAUACGCCAGAGUAGGACUUAUGGGAAACCCUUCAGACGGGUUUCACGGUAAAACCAUCGCGAUGACGAUCGCCAAUUUCUGGGCAGACGCCACCAUCACGGAAAGCAAAACUUUGGUUCUGGUUCCGCACCCAUUGAACGACCCGACGGAGUUUGGAAGUCUGCACGACCUCUAUGGCAUCAGCAGGAAGGAGGGAUACCUGGGUGGCUUGAGGUUGCUACAGGCCACUUGCAAGAGGUUUUACCACUACUGCGCCGAGCAUGGAAUUGCAUUGGCAAAGCGGAACUUCACACUGAAGUAUGACACCAACAUUCCACGCCAAGUGGGCCUUGCUGGCAGCAGCGCGAUUGUUACUGCAACGGUGAAGUGUCUGAUGAGAUUCUACAGCUUGACGGAUGAUGACCUUCCCAAAGCGGCACGCGCAAACUUCAUCCUGGGGGUGGAGAUGGACGAGCUGUUCAUCAACGCCGGCCUGCAGGACCGCGUGGUGCAGGUCUACGAAGGUCUUGUCUACAUGGAUUUCAGUAAAAAACUAAUGGAAGAACAAGGCUUUGGAAACUACGUGAGCAUGUCGAUGGACUGCUUGCCUAAGUUCUGGCUGGCUUACCUGGGAGACCCCAGCGAUUCCGGAAAGAUCCAUAGCGACGUGAGACAACGGUGGCUCAGUGGUGAUCAGGAUGUGGUGGAAGCCAUGAAGAAGUUUGCAGAACUAACGGAUCAGGCAAAAAUGGCAUUGGAGACUAGCAACUGGACUCUGCUUGCUGAACUAAUGAAUCAGAAUUUUGACCUGAGAAGGUCACUCUACACCGAUGCCUGCCUGGGUUCUGCUAAUUUAAACAUGGUAGAGCUAGCCAGACAGUUUGGCGCCGCGGUGAAGUUUCCAGGAAGCGGUGGGGCCGUCGUGGGAGUGAGCGCUGACCCACCGAGGCUGGCGGAGAUGAAGAAGGCUUUCCAGCAGCGUGGUUACGUCAUCUGCGACGUUGUGCCGUACGACCCCAGCACCAAGGGCAGCACGACUUCAACCUGACACCCCUGAAAGAGGCGGGGCGCACUUGCCAACCGCAUGGCCGCCGUCCCUCUUGUCUCCAGCUGAUGUCACUUGAAGCUUUCAUCUACAUUGCCUAUCGCCUUACAAUUAUCGGAACCGUUGCAUGCAUCUCAGAAGCGUUUGUCUCGGAACGGCAGUCAAUGGGCGAGUACUGAUUAGGCCCGUUCUCUUGGCAUCAUUACGAUGCAGCUGUGCUCCUGAAAUUUCUCAAGAUCCAUAUGUGUAGAAGUCGAGUCCAAGUGUGAUUGCAUGCUCAUUGAGCAUAGAAACAGUGCUCAUCUCCUGUUUACAGCCCUGAGCCAAUAGUGUAAAUUCCACAUUGCUAUGACGGGGAGGAGUCUACAUAGGAAAAUCAAUGUUGACUACCCCCCAAAGUUGCACUCAUUUUAUUGACCCUGGAGGGACGAUGGCUGCUGAGUCAACCUCCAAACAGGAUUUGAACUUGCGACCUUCUGGUGUAUGUAUUGCAUGUUGAACUUCUUUCGCACCAUACUUAACCAACCAUGAGCCACUUGCAUUCCUGGAGAUCUGCCAGGAUGGUUGAUGUCUGCAAGGUGCAUCUGUAAUAUGUAACAACUUAAAAGUCGUGAAACUCAAUUGUUUUGCCGCCAAUGGUUACACAAGCACAAAGUGGUCACUUUUUGUUUGCUCUUGAUAGUUUUCUUUAAAUCAUUUUUUCGUGCAGUGUUCAAGCUGAAGCCAUCAUUUGUCAACUUCAUUAUAACUUUAGCUGAAUGUUAAUAAUUUGAUUCUGUGACUUGAAAAGUGCGCCAGAGAAAAUCUGUUUUAAGCGAGCAAUAAUUACACUUCUAGAGAUGUCUGUCGUGUUCAUAUUUUACGAGCACUGGAUUAGAAUUAGACCAGUGAUCUGUGUGAUGGGAAAUUCGCUGGAAAUGUAGUUUUUUUCAAAAUGCGUUGCAGCCAAUAUUUGGCAAUACGUUAAUGAAUAAGGCGUUUGAGCCCAUGAACACUUCAAUAAUAUUUUGUAUGACAUGCAAACUUUUUUAUAGUAUAAUUACAAACAAGUUUCACUUAUCAGAUGUACAAUUAUUUUUAUUUCAAGUUGCUAAUGUGGUGGGCAGAAUUGCUGCUGUAUGAAGCAUUACAUUGUACGUGCGUUGCCUUUUUUCCCAGUAUUGGCUCUGAUGAAGUGGACGAUACGUUAGUGGGCUAGUUUGAUUCUGAAAUACUUUUACUGCAUACGGAUUUUCAAAGCUAUUCAUUUCCGCUUUGUAAUAUUAAAAACUAAUCUGUGAUGCUA